AUAAAUAAGCGAACUGGAAACGGACUGAGACACAGAAAACAACGGGCUGGACGCUAGUGGAGAGGAGCUGGAGUAGUAGAGCCAAUCUCUUCCGUUUCCAUUCUGUGAAAGCAUCUCUGAGGAAAACAAAAAAGUAUUAAAAGAUUCGAGAUGAAAGCUGUCAGCCCGAUCCGAUCAGCCAGAAAACAAAGCAGCAGCGACGUUGUGCGGGGCCUGUCAGAGCAAAGCCUUGGCAUCUCCAGAAGCAAAGCGCCGGUCGAGGAGCCUCUCGGCCUCCUCUACAACAUGAACGACUGUUACUCGAAAUUGAAAGAGCUUGUGCCCAGCAUCCCGCAAAACAAGAAAGUGAGCAAAAUUGAAAUCCUACAGCAUGUCAUCGAUUACAUUCUGGACCUGCAGAUCGCUUUGGACACACACCCCUCCAUCGUCCUGCAUCAGGGCCAGAACUCUCCCUCUAGAACGCCCCUGUCAACACUCAACACAGACGUUGCGAUUCUAUCGUUACAGGCAUCUGAAUUCCCCAAACAAUUGUUGACAGACGACAGUAAGGCAUUUUGUCGUUGAUGAUCUGGUGUUCGUACAUCACGAGGCCUGAGCUGAUGCAGCCCCUGGAGCGAUCGCAGCCCAAGUAACCCAACAACAAUCAUUGACUUGACUGACACUUUCUGUGUGAUCCUCCAGCUCCUCUUUUUUGCCCGGACUGAUCGGUUAUUUAUAAACGGACUGAAUGCCCCUUUCUUCAUUUGAAAGGCUUGCAGUUGUUGUCUUUCUAGUUUUAUUAUUAAUAUAUCCCAGAUGAGGGAAGCGCAAAAAAAAACAAGGAAAAUCACAUUGGAGGAAGACUUUACCUUUCUGAAGGUGGAGCGUGGCCGAAGAAAGAAAUCUUGUUGUUGAUCUUUUCUUUUUUUAAAAAAAAAGUCAGAAAUGUUAUUUUUCUGGCGAACGCAGGAGUGGCGCGGAGUUUGUGUGAUAGACAACCUUGUGAACUCUAAUCAAGAGUAUUGUGUAUAGUAGCAGAGAUGUACAUUUCUGCAACAUUGUAAUGCUGUACUUAAUUAUGCUGGAACUUUUUAUAAAAGUUAAUAUUGUAAAUCGUACUUUUUAUACAAAAUAAAUUGUCGCUUACUGAA